AUGUCACGGCGGAAGCGGUUGGACGAAGACACGGACGCCGAGGAUGAGGACGAGGACGACCCUCGCGAGCUGUCGGACCGCGCGCCGCUCACCCGCAAGGCUGGCCGGCGAGCCUCCACGUCCGCACCGCACCUGCAGGUGCCGCAGCAGCCCAGCCGCAUGUCCUCGCGGAGUCUCCAGCCGCAGCGAGCUGCCGAGGAGCCGCGCCGGAGUAUCAUACUGCCGUCCCUAGAGCAGAGUGAGCGCGAGUUCUUCAAUCUGAUCGACGCGGGCGAUGUCGGAGCUGUGCAGCAAUUCCUGCGCAGUCACUCUGGAUUUAACAUCAACUGCAAGAACUUCCAGGGGACGACGGCGCUGCACAAAGCUGUGGAGAGCGGCUCGGUGGAGCUGACGGAGGCGCUGCUCUCACACGGCGCAAACGUGGGGGACUGCCUGCUACAUGCGGUGCGCUCCAACCGACCACGGAUUCUGGACGUGCUGCUCAAGCACAUAGACAACCCGGACCUGGAGCAGGCAGGUUGCCUGGACAGCCCCAACUUCCCGGAAAACAUGACGCCGCUGAUGCUGGCCGCCCAGUGCGGUCACUACGAGCUCAUCGAGAUGCUGCUGGAGCGCGGACACCGCUUGGAGCCCCCGCACCCACCAGACUGCUACUGCGAGGAGGUUUGCCAGAGGGACUUGGAGGAGGACUCCCUAGUGCGAGCGACCAACCGACUGAACCAGUACCGCGCUGUCAUUAACCCGGCCUACAUCUGCCUCUCCUCGGAGGACCCCAUCCUGAUGGCCUUCCAGUUGUGCAUAGAGCUGCGCCAGUGGGCCAAGGUUGUGGAGGAGUUCCGCAUCGAGUACACGAGUCUCUCCAAGGAGGUGCGACGCUUUGCUGUGGAGCUUCUGGCUUGCUGUCGGAGCUCAGAGGAAGUGCAAUUGAUCUUGCGACGACGCGAAGGGUGUAACAUCCCGGGCACUGUGGACUUCCCUCGCCUUGUGCUCGCCAUGGAUCUCGUUCAGAAAGAGUUCGUCGCUCAUCCCAACACGCAGACGGUGCUGGCGUGGGAGUGGACGGGUGACUGGGUAGAGUGGCGCACUCGGUCGCUGCCGAUGCGGGCCCUGGACGUGGUGACCCGCAUCCCGAUGCUGCCCAUCAUCGCGGGAUGGUGCGUCGUGGCGCCGCAGAGCCGCAUGGUGCGCCAGUGGUCGCUGCCCAUCAACCGGCUCAUCUCCAGCGUCGCCGCCUACGUCGUCUUCCUCACCCUGCUCUUCCUCGAGUCCAACACCGACAAGAAGCUCCUGCAUCGGGGACCGCCAGACACCGGUCUUGAGCCAGUGCUGAUGGUGUUCGUGGGAGCGCACGUCUGGAGCGACGUGAGGAUGUGUCUGGUGCAAGGGCCGCGCCGUUACUUCAAGGUGCUGACCAACUGGUACGACGUGGUGACGCACCUGCUGUUCGUGGCGACAUUCACGUCGUGGCUGUGCGCGCUACUGGACGUCCAGGCCUCGGACCAGGAGACGCUGGAGCGCGCGUACUGGCACUACCUGGACCCCACGCUGGUGGCCGAGGGGCUCUUCGCCAUCGGCACCAUCAUGGCGUUCGGCCGUCUGCUGCUGCUCUUCCAGCUCAACUACCACCUGGGCCCACUGCUCGUCUCCGUCGGCAAGAUGACGCGCGACAUCGCCAAGUACACAGCCAUCUUCGCCCUCUUCUUCCUCGCUUUCACUGCAGGCCUGUGCCGGUUCUACCAGUACUAUGAGGGUAUGGUGCGUGUGGAUCCCGUCAGCAAAACAACCACGGCACAGAUCAGCAGCUUCGUGAACCCCACCGCCACGCUCAAGACGCUUUUCUGGGCGCUGUUCACCAUGUCACCCCUGGAAUCGGCUGAUGUAGUGAUACAGAACCUGCCAGACACAGACGUCAUCAACCGCCACUACUUCACUGAGACCAUUGGAUACAUAGCUUUUGCACUGUUUGAAGUCAUUUCAGUUAUUGUGAUGCUCAACAUGCUCAUCGCUACGAUGUCCAAUACUUUCCAGAAGGUGACGGACAAUGUUGCCAUCGAGUGGACUUUUGGCAAGACUGAAGUCUAUUUGAGGUACAUGUCACAGACAGUACUUCCUCCACCAUUCAACCUAUUGCCCACACUAAGAGGAAUGCAGCUGGCUGGUCGCUGGAUGCGUGCGCUGUGUAGUCCACGGCCUGGAGAGAAGGCAGGCUGCUCUAUGACAAACUGCUGCUAUCUUAUAAGUGAAUGA